AAUAUCCAUUUAAAAAGCCGCUUUCUCUUACCAUUACAAGGAAGAACCAAAUCAAAUUCUCCAAUUCUCUAUUAUACAUUGAAGGGCUUGUACACUUUUUUGUUUCUUACAAUUAUUGUAUUGUGAUCAUCAAUGGAAGAAGUCGAGAUUCCUCAGUAUUUCAUCUGUCCUAUAUCACUGCAAAUCAUGAAAGAUCCAGUCACGGCCAUCACCGGCAUCACCUACGAUCGUGAAAGCAUAGAGCACUGGCUGAAGACGGCCAGGGACACUACAUGUCCGGUCACGAACCAGCCUCUGCCGAGAGAUUUGAACUUGACGCCUAAUCACACUCUACGGCGGCUGAUUCAAGCUUGGUGCGUUUUAGGCCGUGUGGAGCGAAUCCCUACGCCAAGAUCUCCUCUCAACAAACAAGAAGCUCUUCAUCUCAUUGAUGGUAUUGGGAAUCCCAAUUUAUGCAUGAAGAGUUUACUGAAAUUAGAAGCACUAGCGACAGAGAAUGAGAGUAACAAGAAGUGCUUGGCAGAAGCCGGUAUCGGGGAGGCUAUGGUUUCCUUGACCACAAAAUGUUUCAAGGAAGGUAAGACAAUCGGUCUCGAAGAAUGUUUGAGAAUUCUCCAUCUAGUUUGGAGUUCGUCGUCCGAUGAAAUCAAGCCUCAUGUCAAAGAAAAUAAUGAUUUCGUUGAUUCGUUGACAUGGGUUUUGGGUUGCAAGAUGGAUAACCAUGCUACUUUAAGAACCUAUGCGGUGUUACAUAUGAAACAAGUAACCGAAGUAGCAACCACAAGCCUAUUGGAGAGGUUAAAGCCUGAAUUAUUCAAAGGGAUUGUGAGGGUCUUAAAAGAUAGAAUCUCACAACAAGCGACUAAAGCGGCGUUACAAGUACUAAUUGAAGCAUGUCCUUGGGGAAGAAACAGAUUGAAAAUUGUGGAAGCUAAUGCGGUUUUCGAGCUCAUAGAACUCGAGUUCGAAAAGCCCGAGAAGAACAUCACUGAAUUCAUAUUCAAUCUCUUGGCACAACUGUGUUCUUGCGCGGAUGGGAGGGCUGAGUUCUUGAAUCACGCGGGAGGCCUCGCGAUGUUAUCGAAGAGAAUAUUAAGGGUUUCACCGGCAACAAACGAUGGAGCAGUACAUAUACUUGGUUUGAUUACGAAAUUUUCAGCCACAAAUGAAGUUCUUUCGGAGAUGUUAAGGGUUGGUGUGGUGUCUAAAUUGUGCAUGGUGAUUCAAGCAGAUUGUGCUCCUUAUUUGAAAGAGAGAGCAAGACUGAUUCUUAGGUUGCAUUCUAAUGUGUGGAACAACUCACCUUGUAUUGCUGUUUAUUUGUUAACAUGGCAACCUCGUUAAUUAACUUUAAUAUUGUAUUUUGUUCUAUACAUGGUGUAAAACAGUUCAUUAGAUAAAGGCAGAUGAAUGGAUAUAUAUUAUGAAUACCUGGACUGCAAUCUCUAUCUUGACUUUUGUUU